AUGCGUCUGUUUAAACACAAAUCUACAUCCGAUGCCCUACCACCACAACAUGGUUUAAAAACAUAUUUUGCUGUGCAAAAAUUCGCUUUCAAUUGCAUGGGCAUCGAUGUGACAUCACAGAAUAGAACUAUAUUUAAUCCGUUAUUAAACUGGAUCCCCAUGGCUUUACUAACGACUCUUUGCGUAUUUAUGUUGAUUUAUGCUGCUCAAUAUCGACAUGAUAUAGACUUGAUGACCGAUAUAUUGGCCCCAUUUUGCCAAGCUCUAUUGGCCUUAAUAAAAAUGUGGGUAUUUUUCUGGAAUAAGAAGAAAGUUGUUAAUUUAGUGCGUCAUAUAUGGUUGUGGAAUUUGGAAGGUCGCGAUGAUGAACUGGAUAUAAUUAGAGAUGAAAAUCGAAAAGACAAUUUUAAUUCCACAUUAUUUUUUCGCUUUGUUAUGGCCACUGUGGUAAUGGCUUUUUCGUCUCCAAUUUUGGGGGCGUUUUUCUAUUAUUUAAAAGGUCAUGGAUUUAUGGACCAUCUCGAUCUGCCAUUCAAAGCAGCAUAUCAUAUUGCCAUAAAUCCAAAAUCAUACAAUGGUUAUAUCUUGGCCUAUAUUUGGAAUGUUAUAUCAAUUAUUUAUAUACUAAAUGGUGCAAUAGCAAAUGAUACACUUUUUUCCUGGAUUGCCCAUAAUGUCUCGGCACAAUUUCGAAUUUUAAAUUUGCGUUUAAAAAAAACAGCAAUUUCUGAAAGAAAAUCGGGUGGUGAGCGCGAAUUCAUUAGAGCUAUUAUACAAAACAUAAAAUAUCAUCAUCGUGUUAUAGAAUUAGCCGACAAUUUUAAUGAUGCUUUCAUGGUGACGGUAUUCUUUAAAUAUACUAUUAGUUUUUUACAAAUUGCCUGUUUAAUAUUUCAAAUUGCUCGUGGUGGUGAAUUGGCAACAUUGGUAUUUCAUAUAUUGUUCUUAAUAGCAGUUUCCAUACAACUGAUGAUGUACUGUCAUGGUGGCCAGAAGAUAAUUGAUGGAAGUACCUCAGUAGCAGUCUCCAUUUAUGAGUAUUUUCAAUGGCACAAUAUGAGCAUCAAAUCUAAAAAGUUAUUGAUUUUAUCCAUGAUGAGAGCCCAAAAACCUUGUAUUUUAACGGGAGUUUUCUUUGUAGCCGAUUUAAAUUUAUUUUUAUGGGUUUUAAAAACAUCUGGAUCUCUGUUUACUAUGCUGAAAUCCAUGGAAGCUUAAACAAUUUUAUCUUCAUAAAUUAUUGUAUAUUAUCUAUACCAAUAAUGUUUUUGCACAAAUAUUUUAAAUAUAAUGAUUAUAAG